AUGGCCAUCACCAACGCCAUCACCGACCUCAUCUCCUCCUUCCUCGAGCUCUUCUCCUCCCUCUUCCACACCGUCUUCGCCAUCACCAACUCCUUUGUCUCCGGCAUCCUCAGCCUCUUCAACGGCUUCUUCAUCUUCAUCGGCGACAUCUUCAAGGGUGUGUUUGACGUCGUAGGCGGCGUGGGCAGGUUCCUUGCCGGCAACAUUGUCAUCCUGGGUAUCAUCGCUGCUGUUGGGUAUGCAUAUGUCCGCUUUGCUGGUCAGCAGACGGGCCGGUCGGGGCGACCCGUUGCGAAUGGUGUCGGAAAGGGGUUGAAGACGCAGUAAAAUGUUGGUAACUUCACAGGAAUCUUGACGAGACAGCAAACGAAAGGGGGUUAAUGGCAGGGCGGCUCCUUUGUUUUUGGUGAUACCUCAUGUACCAAUAUGAUGCUUUUGAACAUUAAUACCACACAUGUUGCAUACAGC